UUGUAAGUCAUCGAAAUACUCGCAUUGCCGGUGACAGUGACGUUCAUAUCAUCUUUCUCUUUUUAAUUCUUUGAUCUCAUGAAAUUAAAUUGUUUUGGAUUAUGAGAUCGAAGAAAAAGGAAUAUCCGCUUGCAUAACAUGCUAUACUUUAGUAUUUCCAUAAAUAUUUCCUCGUAAUUGUUGUCUUCCUUGAAUCCUUUCUAAAAAAAAUCUUCGGGACACGCGCGAUAAUGGAGGAACAAGAAUCUGAACCUACAUCUCCGAUUUCUGAAACUUCUUUCAAGAGAAUCGGUUUGCAACGCAUCGAUCUCGUAUUGGAUCAUCCUCAGAAAGUGUAUUACAGUGGUCACGAGAUUUCUGGGAAAGUUCAUCUGUAUCUUGACGAACCGAUUAACGCGAUUGGAAUCCGACUAAAAUGUAAAGGAGAAGCACAGGUGUACUUUACCGAUCGAUCGGCAGGAAUAAGACGCAAAUUCUCAUCUGACGAAAAUUAUUUACACGAAGAGAUCUACAUUGCAGGAGACAGAAACGCAAAAAAUACGAUAACGGGGGGCGUCUACCCGUUCAGUCUGACACUUCCGGAAAACUUACCGUGCAGCUUCGAAGGCCGCUACGGACGUGUGCGCUAUUCAAUUAGGGCAUUGUUGGACAUAACAAGCGUCUAUCGGUUUUCCACCAAUAUUAUUCCAUUCACCGUUGCACCCAUCCUCGACCUUAAUCGAGAUUCUCUCGCACCGCUACCCGUCAGCGAGAAGCAAUCUAAAAUUUAUAUGGGUCAAACUGAAUCACUUAAAAUGUCGAUGUCAUUGCCAGUAAGAGGUUACGUUCCAGGACAAACUAUACCGAUUCAAAUAUUGUUAAAGAAUUAUUCGAAUGUCGUUGUUAAAAAGCUACGAAUUGUUUUUAAAAAGGUAAUUAUGUAUCAUGUUACGGAAAAAUCUAGGAAGCAUAAAGAGAUAGUAGUUGAAAUCGAACAACCGAUCGACAAAAAUUGUAAAUCGUAUGAUAUCUUUUUUGAUGUACCCGCUGUACCACCGACUGGAAUGAUUCAUUGCAAUAUUAUUGACGUUUUAUAUACCCUUAAGGUAGAAGCUUGCGUCGAUGUGAGCGAAUGGUACUACAGAAUGUUUCAGAAAAAUUUAAAGCUACGAACGAACGUGAUAAUUGGUACAAUACCUCUUCAAAAUUAUGAAAAUCCACAAGGUACAUUUUCGUUACCUCUUGAUACAUUAUCAUCGAAUGUUUUAAGUACUCCGGAAGUAUCUUAUUUGAAUGAAGAUAAACCUUCAAUAAAGAAAAUAGAAGAGACGAAUCAAUCAGAAAUAUUGUUACCCAUCUAUGAGAAAAGUCAAAUAUAUCGAUCUUCGAAACCGGACCGAGACGAUCCCACGGGAGAUGAUGGUGAUAGUGAUGGAGAGGUCAAACCUUACUCUCCCGUAUACCGUGUGUACAAAUUCAGAAGUUUAAUCAAAAGGAAGGACGCUAACUAAAAAUGAAAGAAGCGCCAGUUAAUCGGUAAACAGUAGCCUUUGCUUCGUUGCUUUAUAAAGUCGACGUACAUACAUACGUAAACACGAUAUAACACGUUACAACAGAGAAGGGAAUAUAAAAUUUAUAACAAACCGUGUUCGCGAUAAUGGUUCGAUUAGAUCUCAAUUCUCUUUUCGUCUAACGUUGUCCAACUCUAUUGCCUUUUAUUAUUCUGCCAUCGAUUUGUUUCUCCGGGAAAUAAAAUACGUUGGUAAGUACAAUACGAAACGAUCAAGUAUUUUAUAUUUCUAAGUGCCGAGCAUAAAUAUACCCAGUGAAAUUUGGAAACCCUUUGGGACCAAACCACAGAGUCGUUAAAGUAUAAUUCUUCGAAAUUUUACGCAAGCUCAUAUUGUAUAAGAGUUAGAAGAAUUAUAAAAAUAAAAAUUAUAAAAAAUAAAAAAAAAUAAAAAAAAGUAAAAAAAGAAAAUAAAAAAACUUAACGUUUGAUAUCGAUGGAAACUUGUAUAAAAAAGAAAAAAGAAAGAAAGGCAAACAAACAAAUAUGUAUAAUCUAUAUGCGUAUACAUUGUACUAGUCCAAAUUGAAUAUAAAGAUUACAUCAGA